UGAGAUCUCUGCAAGACAGUGCCCUGGUUGCUGGUUCCUCACAGACAAGAUGCUGCCACACCUGACCGUCACUAGUGCAUCUUGGAUGCUGCUCUCCUGCCUGUUGUUACUAUUUCAGGUACAAGGUGAAGACUCCCAGAAGGAAAUUCCCUCUCCACGUAUCAGCUGCCCCACGGGCUCUAUGGCCUAUCGCUCCCACUGCUAUGCUUUGAUAGUGACACCAAAAUCCUGGUUUCAAGCAGACCUGGCCUGCCAGAAAAGACCCUCAGGACACCUUGUGUCUAUUCUUAGUGGAGGCGAGGCUUCUUUUGUGUCCACCCUGGUGAAUGGCAGAAUAAACAAUUACAAAGAUGUCUGGAUUGGGCUCCAUGAUCCAACCAUGGGUCAACAACCCAAUGGAGAUGGAUGGGAGUGGAGUAACUCUGAUGUCCUGAAUUAUCUUAACUGGGAUGGAGAUCCUUCCUCUACUGUUAAUCGUGGUCACUGUGGGAGUCUAACAGCAACAUCAAGAUUUCUGAAGUGGGGAGAUCAUCACUGUGAUGGGGAAUUACCUUUUGUCUGCAAGUUCAAGUAGGAGACAGGCAGAUUCCUGAGUUUGUCAUGAAGCUUAUCAUGACAAGGAAUCAAAUACAAAGAUUCACUCAGCAAGGCUGUGGUCACUUCACAGUCCUGCAUCAGACUUGAUAUUCUGGUGAUUCGUCUUCUUUCAUCCAUCUCCUUACUCUUGUUUCAGGCAUUUAUGUAUAGUUUGUGCUUUGAAAUCUUACAGAUAAAUAAUUUAA